UCGAUGAAACUGGUAUUGUCAAAACUUACUAUUCAUUUUCAUCCUUUCUAUGGAGAUUUAACAUAGCUGCCUAUAGCCCUAUACUAUGUCUCUAACUGUGAUAUUAUUACCUAGGCUGAAUACUGUUUUCCGGAAGACGGGUAGCUUUAUCAGUGGGUUGUUCACUGGGACGUCUAACAAAAGGAAGUUUGAUGCCAUAGAGAGGGCUGCUAGAGACAGCCAAGAUUUGCACCACGAACUUGAACAAUUGAAAAAAGAUGUUCUAGCCAAUGCUAACCAACUGGCAAUCUUGGAAACAUCUCUUAAUAAUGCGGUUCGUAAUCAGCACAGUCAGGUGUCAAUCUUGGUAUUGCAGUCCCGUAUUCAAAAGAUUCAAGAUGAAAACCGUGAUCUUACUAUGAUAAUUGAAGCUGCUAACUCACAGCUGAAAGAUUGUGAGUCUGUGAUCAAGAGGAUUAAAGCGGGUGAUGGCAAUACUGCUAUGUUACUUCCAAAUCUGAACACUCCUGUUAAUGAGGAAGAUGCAGUAGAUCACCAAACUGCAAAUAAUGCAAAUGAUUUAGUCUAUGAGGGUCUCCUUCUUGAUCUUAAUGUCCCUCCUCCUAUGGAAAAUGUUGCUAAUAAUGGAAACCAUAAUGUUGAUAAUGAGGAUCAAAUGCUUCAGCUUGCAAAUGAUAUUGAUGUUAAUGAUGAUAUUGGGAAUGACCAUAAUGAUAAUGUUGACAAUCAGGCUGAUGAUAGUCAAGAUGAUAUGCCUCCAUUGGAGGAUGCUGAAUAAAACUGAGAAACUGUAUAGGGCGGAUUUGGUACAUAAAUGUGAAACUGAAGAUCUGAUUACAGCAGCUUAUGAACAGUUAUCAAGUGAACAACAUACGAUUUUAUAGGAUAUUGUGGAGUCAGAAUGCAGUUGCUAUUGUGAUCGAUGAUGGAGUUCUUUUUUGGUGAAGUCUGGACAAUUGUUGAUUUUGAAUAAGCGGGCAGGUUGAUGUAUGUUACACUUUGUGGGUGCUGUUUUGUAAUUGAAGGGUAAAAUGUGAAUUUUGAUAUGUUGGAUAUGCUCUUUUUUUUU